UAUAGUAACGGAAAUAGGGCAUUGAGCCCGCCCACGCUUCCGGAAGAGCAGAGUUAGGCUGCGGGUGUACCAGUCUCCGCGUGUGUGAUUACAGUGGCGCGGCCUCUGAAGUAGAAGUGCUGGCGUCCCGGGGCUGGACACUCAAACAUGGCGGCCAUGGAAGAAAGCUUCCCCCGUGGCGGUACAAGAAAGACCCACAAAUCAGAGAAAACUUUCCAGCAAUCAGUUGAACAAGACAACUUAUUUGAUAUUUCUACUGAAGAGGAAUCUACCAAAAGGAAAAAGAUCCAGAAAGAGCCAGCAAAAACAAAAAAGUUGAAAGUUGAAACCAGAGAAAGCAGCAAGUUUGUCAGAGAGAAGUUUGAAAUCCUUAAUGUGGAGUCCCUGUGUGAGGGGAUGCGGAUUUUGGGUUGCGUGAAAGAGGUAAAUGAACUGGAACUGGUGAUUAGUCUCCCCAAUGGCCUCCAAGGGUGUGUGCAAGUGACUGAAAUCUGUGAUGCUUACACUGAAAAACUGAAUGAGCAGGUAGCGCAAGAAGAACCCCUGCAGGACCUGGUUGGCUUGCCUGAGCUCUUCUCACCUGGAAUGCUGGUGAGAUGUGUGGUGAGCAGUCUCGAUACCACAAAGGGGGGCAAAAAGAAUGUCAUGCUAUCACUGAACCCCAAAAAUGUCAACAAAGUGCUGAGUGCUGAGACCCUGAAACCUGGCAUGCUGCUCACGGGCACUGUGUCCAGCCUGGAAGACCAUGGCUACCUAGUGGACAUCGGUGUUAGUGGGGCCAGAGCUUUUCUGCCACUGCAGAAAGCCCAGGAGUACAUUCGGCAGAAGAACAAAGGUGCUAAAUUGAAGGUGGGUCAGUACCUGAACUGCCUCAUUGAAGAGGUGAAGGGCAGUGGAGGAGUGGUCACUCUGUCUAUUGGUCACUCAGAAGUUUCUGCUGCCACUGCUACUGAGGAGCAGAGUUGGACCCUCAAUAGUUUGCUACCAGGACUGGUGGUCAAAGCGCAGGUACAGAAGGUGACUCCGCUUGGCCUUACGCUUAAAUUCCUCUCAUUCUUCAAUGGCCUGGUUGACUUUAUGCACCUGGAUCCUAAGAAAGCCGGAACAUAUUUCUCAAAUCAGCAAGUACGGGCCUGUGUCCUCUGUGUGCAUCCUCGGACCAGAGCUGUGCGGCUGAGCCUGCGCCCCGUCUUCCUGCAGCCUGGGCGCCCACUCACCCGGCUCUUGUGCCCGCAGCUAGGAGCUGUGCUGGAUGACGUGCCCGUCCAGGGCUUUUUUGGCAAUGCCGGGGCCACCUUUAAGCUGAAGGAUGGUGCUCUGGCCUAUGCUCGGCGCAACCAUCUCUCCAAUUCUAAGAAAACUUUCAAACCUGAGGCCUUCAAGCCAGGGAACACUCACAAGUGUAGAAUCAUCGACUACAGCCAAAUGGAUGAACUGGCCUUGCUCUCUCUGCGGACGUCUAUUAUUGAAGCUCAGUUCCUUUGGUAUCAUGACAUCAAACCUGGGGCUUUGGUUAAGGGCAAAGUGCUGACCAUAAAGCCACACGGAAUGGUGGUGAAGAUGGGCAGGCAGAUCAGGGGCCUGGUACCUACCAUGCACCUGGCCGACAUCCUUAUAAAGAAUCCGGAGAAGAAAUACCACGUUGGGGAUGAGGUCAAGUGCCGGGUUUUGCUUUGUGACCCUAAAGCCAAGAAGCUCAUGAUGACCCUGAAGAAAACCCUGGUUGAGUCCAAACUUCCUGCCAUUACCUGCUAUGAUGAUGCCAAGCCUGGUCUGCAGACGCACGGCUUUAUCCUCCGGGUCAAGGAUUACGGCUGCAUCGUGAAGUUCUACAAUGAUGUGCAGGGACUGGUGCCCAGGCACGAGCUCAGUGCCGAGUACGUCCCUGACCCAGAGAGUGUCUUUUACGCGGGCCAGGUAACCCUUCCCCUGGACAGGGACUUGGGAGAGGAACGACCUGAGCAGCAGAUGGGUCCUGCUGUGUGUGUGUUGGUGGAUGUGAAGGUUUUAGAGAAGACCAAAGACGGGCUGAAGGUGGCUGUCCUGCCCCACAACAUCCCCGGCUUCCUCCCCACGGCUCAUCUGUCGGACCAUGUCACCAACGGCCCACUGUUGUAUCACUGGCUCCAGACAGGUGACACCCUGCACCGGGUCCUGUGUCUGAGCGUGAGUGAGGAGCGGAUUCUCCUUUGCAGGAAGCCAGCCUUGGUCUCUGCAGUAGAAGGUGGCCAGAAUCCCAAGAGCUUCUCAGAAAUCCAUCCUGGAAUGCUGCUCAUUGGUUUUGUGAAGAACAUCAAGGACUACGGUGUGUUCGUCCAGUUCCCCUCAGGUCUUAGUGGACUGGCCCCCAAAGCUAUCUUGAGUGACAAGUUUGUGACCUCCACAAGUGACCACUUUGUCGAGGGGCAGACGGUGGUUGCGAAGGUGACCAACGUGGACGAGGAGAAGCAGCGGAUGUUGCUGUCACUGCGGCUGUCGGAUUGCACCCUGGGGGACCUGGCCACAACCAGCCUCCUCCUCCUGAGCCAGUGCCUGGAGGAGCGGCAGGGCGUCCGGAGCCUCAUGAGCAACCGAGACUCUGUGUUGAUCCAGACUUUGGCUGAAAUGACCCCUGGAAUGGCCCUUGACCUGGAGGUGCAGGAGGUGUUGGAAGACGGCUCUGUGCUGUUCAGUGAGGGCCCCGUGCCCGGCCUGGUCCUGAGAGCCAGCAAAUAUCAUCGGGCAGGGCAGGAGCUGGAACCUGGGCAGAAAAAGAAGGCUGUAAUCUUAAACGUUGAUAUGUUGAAGUUGGAAGUACAUGUUUCCCUCUGCCACGACUUGGUGAAUAGAAAAGCUAAAAAGCUGAAGAAAGGCAGUGACCUCCAGGCCAUUGUGCAGCACUUGGAGGAGUCCUUUGCCGUCGCCUCCUUGGUAGAGACUGGCCACCUUGCAGCUUUCUCCCUGACCUCUCACCUGAACGACACCUUCCGCUUUGAUUCAGAGAAAUUGCAGGUGGGGCAAGGCGUCUCCCUAACCCUCCAGACCACAGAACCAGGAGUGACCGGUCUCCUCUUAGCUGUUGAGGGGCCAGCUGCUAAGAGGACCAUGAGACAGACCCGGAAGGACUCAGAGACAGUCGACGAGGAUGAGGAAGUGGAUCCAGCUUUGGUCGUAGGGACUGUAAAGAAGCACACCCUGUCCAUUGGGGACAUGGUCACAGGGACUGUCAAGUCCAUUAAGCCUACGCAUGUGGUUGUGACCCUGGAAGAUGGCAUCAUUGGCUGCAUCCAUGCCUCCCACAUUCUAGAUGAUGUUCCAGUGGGCACAUCUCCUACUGCCAAGCUGAAAGUUGGGAAGAAAGUCACUGCCCGAGUGAUUGGUGGGAGAGACAUGAAGACCUUCAAGUUUCUCCCAAUAAGUCAUCCCAGAUUUAUUCGAACCAUCCCAGAGCUGAGUGUUCGGCCAAGUGUGCUGAAGGAGGAUGGCCAUACUGCUCUCAACACUCACUCUGUAAGCCCCUUGGAGAAGAUUAAACAGUAUCAGUCUGGUCAGACUGUGACUUGCUUCUUGAAGAAGUACAACAUGGUUAAGAAAUGGCUCGAGGUAGAGAUUGCUCCAGACGUCCGAGGGAGAAUUCCCUUGCUGCUCACUUCUCUUAGCUUCAAGGUUCUGAAACACCCAGAUAAGAAGUUCCGGAUUGGCCAGGCCCUGAAGGCCACUGUGGUUGGCCCAGCAGUUUCCUCCAAGGCCUUCUUGUCUCUUUCACUCAUAGGUCCUCACAAGCUCAAGAAGGGGGAAGUGGCCAUGGGCCGUGUGGUGAAGGUGACUCCCAAGGAGGGCCUGAUCAUCUCCUUCCCCUUUGGGAGGCUUGGAAGAGUCAGUAUGUUUCAUGUGAGUGACUCCUACUCAGAAACGCACCUGGAAGACUUCACCCCACAGCAGAUUGUCAGGUGUUACGUCCUGUCUGCUGCGAGCCCUGUAGUGACUUUGUCGCUGAGAUCGUCCAGGACAAACCCAGAGACGAAAAGCAAAAUAACAGAUCCAGAGAUUAACUCCAUCGAGGACCUUGAGGAAGGGCAGCUCUUGAGGGGCUUCGUGAAGUCCGUGCAGCCGUCCGGCGUGCUCGUAGGCCUUGGCCCCUCAGUUACGGGUUUGGCCCAACACCCGCACGUCUCCCAGCACAACCAGUCCAAGAAAGCUCCUUAUGACAGACACCUCCCCGAGGGGAAGCUGCUCACAGCCAAGGUCCUACGUCUGAACCAUCGGGAGAGCCUGGUAGAGCUGUCGCUUCUUCCCGGUGACACUGGGAAGCAGGACGCGCUUUCUGCCCCCCUGGGACAGCCACCUCCGAAGCAAGAGGGGCGGGAAACGGAGGCAGCGGAGAGAGACCACAAAGGAAGAGCAAAGGAGAAGCAGCAGCAGAAACAGAAAGAGAGGAGAACUAGGAAGGGGCAGGAGGGGGCGCAGCCACCCAGCAAGGAUAAGAAAGAGCCCCAGAAGCCCCAGGCAAAGAAGCUGGGCAAGCGGCCGCACCCCGAGUCCAGCAGUGAGCAGGAAAUUGGGAACAAGAAGCAGAAGAAAGCUGCCCUGUCUGAGGAGGACGACAGUGGCGUGGAAGUGUAUUACCGGGAAGGAGAAGAAGAGGUAGAAGAGAUGAGCGUGUUGCCCAAGGAGAAGCUGAAAAGGCCAGCAGAAGCGCCCCGGCUGCAGCUGUCUUCUGGCUUCGUUUGGGAUGUGGGUCUGGACACCCUGACCCCGGCCUUGCCACCUCAUGGAGAGAGCUCGGACAGUGAGGAGGACGAGAAACCAGAGCAAGCCACGAAGAAGAAAAGCAAGAAGGAGAGGGAGCUGGAGAAGCAGAAGGCCGAGAAGGAGCUGUCCCGCAUCGAGGAGGCGCUGAUGGAUCCUGGGCGACAGCCGGAGUCGGCCGAGGACUUUGACCGACUGGUGCUGAGCUCGCCCAGCAGCUCCCUCCUGUGGCUGCAGUACAUGGCCUUCCACCUGCAGGCCACGGAGAUUGAGAAGGCCCGGGCUGUGGCCGAGAGGGCGCUCAAGACCAUCUCCUUCAGAGAGGAGCAAGAGAAGCUGAACGUGUGGGUGGCCCUGCUGAACCUAGAAAACAUGUAUGGCUCCCAGGAGUCACUGACUAAGGUCUUCGAGCGGGCCGUGCAGUACAAUGAGCCUCUCAAGGUCUUUCUCCAUCUGGCUGACAUUUACACCAAGUCAGAGAAAUUCCAGGAAGCUGGUGAACUCUAUAACCGGAUGCUGAAGCGUUUCAGGCAGGAGAAAGCUGUCUGGGUCAAAUACGGCGCCUUUCUUCUGCGGAGGGGAAAGGCGGAGGCCAGUCACCGUGUGAUGCAGCGAGCCCUUGAGUGCCUGCCUAAGAAAGAGCACGUGGAUGUCAUCGCCAAGUUUGCCCAGCUUGAGUUCCAGCUGGGGGAUGCAGAACGUGCCAGGGCCAUUUUUGAGAGCACACUGAGCGCCUACCCAAAGCGCACGGACGUCUGGUCGGUUUACAUUGACAUGAUCAUCAAGCAUGGCAGCCAGAAGGAAGCCCGGGACAUCUUCGAGCGGGUCAUUCACCUGAGCCUGGCCCCCAAGCGAAUGAAAUUCUUCUUCAAGCGCUACCUGGACUAUGAGAAGCAACACGGCUCGGAGAAGGAUGUGCAGGCAGUAAAGGCAAAGGCCCUGGAAUAUGUGGAGGCUAAGAGCUCUAUGAUGGACGACUAGGGGCCGGCUGGCUCCAGGGCACUGUGACAGCCUGGCUGACCCUCAGGCUCCUGGGCAGUUGAGAAACUGUGUUGCCUGGGGACUCUAUUUAAAAGUGCUGCUUUUUCUGCAGCAUCCUUGGGGUAAUCCUGUCAAGAUAAAAAAGAAUUUGAGAUUUCUUAUAA